AUGUUUGUUUCAAUUUAUCAAACGUGGAAAUCUUGUCUCAAUUUUUUAAAGAAAAUUUGUUAUGGUAAUAAUAAUAGGAAAAAAAUAAUUUUUAUCAAAAAAUAUUUGGAUACCGAUAUAGAAAGUGAUCAUUCUAUUGAAAAAGAUCCAUUUUUAAGAAAAAAAGUUGUUAAAAAAUGUAAAGCUAAAAAAAGAGUACAUAAAAGAAGAUAUUCUAAAGAAAUCAAAAAAAUUUUGAAAAGAAUUUAUCCUGAUUUUAAAAUUUCAUUUGAUGGUAUAGAUAUUAUGAACUGUCUUAUUAAUGAUGUUUUUGAUCAAAUUGUCUUAGAAUCAUCAAGAUUAUGUCAUAUUAGUAAUAGAAAAACAAUUAUGAUUCAUGAUAUUGAAUAUGCUGUAAAACUUAUCUUUCCAAAAAAAUUAUCUGAAAAAGCAAUUGAAAAUGCUACCAAAUCAAAGGAUUGUAUUUAUAAUGAUGGUAGAUUUUCAUGUAUAGGUGAAAAUACUUUUACAUCAAGUAUUUAUCAAAGACCUUCUGAUGAUCUCAUAUUACAUAAAUGUUGUACAUUUUGGCAUCAAACAAAAGAUAUGCAAAAAAAGCUGAAAUUUAAUUCAGAAAUAAUGAAUUGUUUUAAUUAUGAAGUUAAUUUCAAUAGUAAAACAAAAUAUCCAGAAUUAUAUACUGAUAAUUUUAAUGAAAACAACUUGGAUCCAUUAAAAAUAAAAAACUAUUUUACAACUUUUGACAAUUUAGAUGAAAAUAAAGAAAUAAUAUUUAUCAAAAAAAUUCAACCAAAAAAAUAUGGUUAUUAUUUAAUGUUAUGUAAAAAUGAAUGUAUUAAAAAGGAUAAUACAAUUAAAAAUCAAACUAUAUUAACUAAUUUUUUAUUGCCGUCAUCUGAUAACAUUAAUAAGAAAAAUGUUUUUUUUAAAAAUUUUAAUUUUUCAAGAAAUUUGGAUUUACGUAUAAAAUUAGAAAACGACAAAAAGAAAAAGUAUAAAUUUUUAAAAAUUAAUUCAAAAGAAUUAAAAUCAAAAGAAUGGGAAGAUAUUUCUCAAAGUAUAAAAAUGGCAACAUUCAAAAGGAUGCUUUAUAAUUUAGAAAAACAUUUUAAACAAAAUAAUACUACUAAAAAUAAUAAAAUGUUUGUUUUUAAAGUAAAUAGUACCAUCAUUAAUUUACCAGCUUUAUCUUUUGUGGAUAAAAAUAUUAAUAAUGAAUCUAAUAGUUUGUCUCUUUUAUUUGACAAUGAACGUAAAUUGAAAAAUAUGAAAAAAAGGAUUUCAAUUAAUGGUAAUGUGAAUAAAGUUAAUAAAGAAAAUAUAAAAUUAUCUAAAAUAAUUAUACCACUACAAACUACAACACCAUUUAAUGAUAAUUUCAUCUAUUUUAAAACGAGACAAAAUGGUUUAAAAAUAAAAAUAAUACCCGAAAAAUCUAAUGAAAUUACUCAAAUCACAACAUCUAGUACUCCUAUAACUCAAGUUUCAAAAUUAAAUAACGAUGAAACACUAACAGUUGAAAAUUUACCUCUAAAUCUUUUGAUGAAAAUUGUUCAAGAACAUAAUAUGAAAGAAAAUAAGAUAAAAAGCAUUACAAGUACAACAACACCAGAACCAAAUGAUAAGAAGUUAAAAGAUGAAGUACUAAAUCUUCAAAAACAAUUACUACUAAUAUUGUUAAAAGAUAAAGAGGAAAAUAAAUCAAAAGAAAAUAUUUUAUCUUUAAUUUCAAAAGAAACUUUGGUAAAAUUAUUAUCAAAUAAUAAUGAACAAAAACAUACAACAACAACAACAACAACCGAGCCAACAACAAAAGAACGUGUAAUUCUUGAAUUACCAAAGGAAGUUCUUCAACUUUUAAUAAAUGCAAAUAAAAUUUCUAAACAAGAAAACACAAAAAAAGAAAAUGAUUCAAAUGAAAAAGAAAAAGAAAAUAAUGAUGAAAAAAUUUCUCUCAGUGCUGUUACACUUUUAAAGCUUCUUACAACCAAUUUAAAAAAUCAAAGCAAUGAAAAAAAUAAAAGUAAUGAAGAAGAUAAAAUUGUAAGUAAGAAUAUACUUAUUACAACAUCAAUUAGUCCUAAAAAAGUUUAUAAAUCAGCAGCCAUAAUAAGAUCAGAUGGAAGCGAAUCUGAUGAGGAUAUUGUUGAAGAAUAUGGCGAAGAAACUGAAAAAACUACUAGGACAACUUUUCUAAGAAAAUCUAAAUCAAAAAGAACUACAAAGAGAGCUUUAUCACUAGAGUAUGAGGAAGCUAGUGAUGAAAAAGUUGAACAGAGAAAAAUAAAAACAAGCACAAGAUCAAAAUUUCGAAAAAUAUUCACUCAAACAACAAAAAAAAAAGUGGUUGAUAAAGAUGACAGUAGCGACUAUGAGGAUAAUAGUGAAAGAACAAAAAACACCAAAUCAACAAAAAAAUUAAGCAAAGCAGCUUCUGCUGCAGCUGUAACAAUAAUAACAUCCUCUGAAUCUAAUGAACUAAUAACUUCUACCACAAGAAAUUUACGAAAACUAAAACAACGAAAUAGGCAUUCAACUAUUUCACAUCAUAAAAGAAAUAGAAAGCGAAUGAAUCGUCAUAAAGGAUUAUUUGAAAGUUUUAACAGUAGCCAAUUUCUUAUUAACUUAAUACCAAGAAUUAAAGAAACAUUUGGUAUUGAGCCACAAGUUCAUCCUACUGAAAAAAAGGCAAAUAUAAUUCCCUAUCGUUAUAAUACAACAUUAGAUAAUUAG